GAAGAAGGCAAAACACUCGUCAUCCUCCCGCCUUGAUUUCUUUGGCAUCACGUUUUCAGUGUAAAAGUAAGAGAUCUUUCCUAUGCAAACGCUACAGCAACCGUUUCUCCUGGCGCUCGAGGGCAACUUGGAGGAAAAGUCGAACCUGUCUAAGGACUCCUUCUGUCGACUGCCGGAAGGCUGGGGCCCAGCAAGCCGUGGAAGAUUUGGUUUCACGCUUUGCUUUGAGUACUGCGUGCUCCUAGGUCUACUCUCGGUCCUGGCCUUGGUAUCGUUCGUGGCUCGCGUCAUUUACCUGAAGAGAGAACGCAAACUCCAUGGCUUGGGAAGAACCGGCCUGAUCUAUUGGCCCACACAGAUCUUCAUGGGCACAGCAGCACUAUCGGCCUUUGUCAGUGCCCUGUUGUCGAUCAUCCAGUCGAGUGAACCAUCUCCGGCUGCCAUUACUGGCUAUUUCGCGUUAGGGUCUGCAUGGGGUCUUGCGGUCUUCCUCAACUAUUACGAGCACUUAUACACUAUCCGGUCGUCCGACCUCAUAUUUUCGUAUUAUGUGCUGUCCAUUUCUGCCCUGUCAAUCCAUGCCAGGACACUCAACAUCCUUUCUGAAACAUCAACCGAGGUCUCGCUGCAGUUGAUCACGAUAUGGGCCAUGAUUGCAUCCCUUCUGCUCGGUUUCAUUGUAGAGGCAUGGCCCCGCGGACACACCAAAGUCCAGCAAGCAAGCACCGCAACUAUUUACGAGAAAGCCAAUCUUUUUUCCCAGGUCACCUAUUACUUCUACCAGUCGAUCAUCUCACGCUCUGUCAAGAGGACCCUAACGCCGGAUGAUGUCGCCAACCUGUUGCCUGACAGUAUUGUGUCAUCCAAUGCUCAUGCACGACUCAACUACUACUGGACCAGGGCUACCCAAAGCGCAAAAGCGAAGCACAGAGCGGGAUGGAGCUCCCAGAAUCUAGGACACGCCCCCGCACCUUCCUUAUUCCGAGUAAUUUUACGGUUUUACAGGCCUAAAAUGCCUGCAAUGGUCGCUCUACGCCUAUCACGAGUAUUUGCAAACUAUGCGGUUCCGGCCAUCUUGAGUCUUCUCCUGGCGUAUUUUCAAGAUAUUCAGCAUGAAAGAGAGUCGGCAUAUGCUCAUCCUGACAUCGAGCCAUCCCGCAUCGAUGUAUCCGGCUACACCAAUACCGUUGACGGCUCGAGCUACAAAACAAGCCUUGAAUAUGGCCUCACGCUGGCCAUAGCUAUGUUCUUGGCUGGGCUCGCGAAUGCCGUACUCUUGGUCGUAACCCGGCAAUAUUAUGUGAUGUGCGGACUCCAAGUCCGAGCAGCCUUGAUCUCUAUGGUAUACCGGAAAGCUCUGCGAUUGUCUCCAGGAGCGAAACAAAAGUCAACAACAGGCGCGAUUACGAACCAUAUGUCUGUCGAUGCGGAUAUUUGGGGAGAUGGCGUUAUUUUCUUGACCAUGGGAAUAUCGAUCCCAGCCGAGAUUGCUAUCGGAAUCUGGCUAUUAUAUCUAUUGCUAGGAUGGAGUGCUGGAAUAGGCCUGCUGGUACUGGUGGCCCUUUCACCACUUCAGAUCUGGCGCGGCAGGGCCUUCAGCAAGCUACAGCGUCAAAAGUGGACCCAAAUGGACGAGCGCAUCCGCCUCACCACGGAAACGCUUUCUGCUAUCAAAGUUGUCAAGCUCUAUGCCUGGGAGAGUCCUUUCCUAAAAAAAAUUCUUAACGUUCGCAACCGUGAACUCGGCGUACUUCGCCGGAUGGGAAUGGUAUCUGCAGUCAUGUCCACUAUAUCUUCCUCUUCAACAGUUAUCGUCUGCCUUAUCACACUCUCUGUGUACGCUGCGUGGGGCGGUCCCGAUUUCACACCCAUCGAACUCUCUCCGCAGGCAGUUUUCGUGAGCAUGACCCUCUUUGCAAUGCUCAAGACCCCCAUUACCAGCAUAAGUGAGGCGAUCACGUCGGUGGUCAGCCUCUUGGUGAGUACCCAACGAAUUCAGGACUUUUUGUUUCAGGAAGAGACGGAUAAGGAUGCUAUCGUUCGCGAGCUUGAUAUUUCGAAGCGUCAGCCAGACGAACCGCUUGUGUUGAUUCGGGAUGGAACGUUCGCGUGGACGAAGCAGGAGAUUAUCGAUGCAAGCACCGCGGAGGAGAUUGAUGAAGCGGACGAAGCUCGCGGUCUUUUAUUUGAACAGGAGGAAGAAGAGGCGAGAGGACGCAACACAGGGUUUAUGCCGACCUUGAAGAAAAUCUCGCUGUCUAUCGACAAUGAAUCUUUGGUUGCUGUGGUGGGACGCAUCGGUCAAGGAAAGUCAUCUCUGAUAAGCGCCAUUAUCGGAGAGAUGUACAAGGUUCAGGGCCAUAUCAAGACGAUCGGACGGAUUGCAUAUGUGCCUCAGCAAGCCUGGAUCUUGAAUGCAACUCUGCGCGAGAACAUCCUGUUUGGCAAGGACUUUGACCACGAUCGUUAUUACCGUGUCCUACGCGCUUGCGGACUUGAACCAGAUGUCGAGAUGCUGCCCGCGGGAGACUUGACCGAGAUUGGCGAGCGUGGUAUCAACUUGUCGGGCGGACAGAAGCAGCGAGUGUCACUAGCUCGAGCGGUGUAUGACGAUGCGGACAUCUAUUUGCUGGAUGAUCCUUUAAGCGCCGUUGAUGCUCAUGUGGACCAACAUCUGUGGACGAACGUGGUCGGACCACAAGGUCUGUUGUGCCGAAAGACAAGGAUCUUGGUCACUCAUGGAAUCCACCACCUGCAGCAAGUCGACCGUAUCAUUCUUCUUAAAGAUGGCCGAGUGGAAGAAGAUGGGCGUUACGAGGAGCUGAUGGUCGCAGAAGGAGUCUUUGGCCAGCUGAUCAAGGAAUACUCUGUUACCCAUAGAGAGGAACUUACUGCAGCAGCGGAAGCCGUUCAGGUCGAGUCUACUGGUGCGUCUCGAACUGGAAGGACGGCAGAGUCAUCUGGUAUCGUAGCAAAACAGGCGGCGAGCGAUACUGAAACAAGCAGCCAGGCAAGCACAGGAGAAGGAACGGUCAAAGAUGUGGCCAAGGGAAAGGUGCAAAGGGAUAAUAGAAAUAAGGGCGCCAGGAGAAAUACGAGCGCGCAGCUCGUUGCGGCUGAGAAGAUCGAGGUCGGAGAUGUCCGAAUGAGUGUUGUCAAGGGCUACCUAGAUGCUUUCUCCUACAAGUACACGGCGAUUGUGAUCGCGCUCCAUGUUUUAACACAGAUCUGCCUGGUUAGCACCAACCUAUGGCUCAAGCACUGGAUUAACACGAGCAAGGAAAACAGCGACGAAAAUCCACCAUCACUCUGGUUUUUUAUUCUCGUUUUCACGAUAUUGACCUUUGCCCACGUGGGUACUUGCGUCGUUCUCUUCUGGGUCGCCUUUGCGGUGGCCAGAAUUCGUGCUUCUAAACAGCUGCAUCAACACUUGAUGGCGACACUCAUGCGUUUGCCUCCUGCGUUCUUUGAUACAACACCACUUGGCCGGAUUAUUAACCGCGUUUCAAGCGACAUCGCCUCAAUUGAUGACCGCCUGCCGGCGAAACUUUUUGAAGCGACACUGCAGGCCGUCAGUCUGCUCGCAUCGCUCACUGUCGUCGCUGUAACCACACCGGUCUUCUUGUUCGCUGCACCCUUCAUGUUCGCUGCUUACCGUACCAUCCAGUCCUACUACCUGCACGCCUCACGUGCUUGCAAACGCAUGUUCCAGGUCACAAAAUCGCCCAUCUUCCAGCACUUUCAAGAGACCCUCGGGGGAGUUUCGACCAUCCGCGCGAUGGGCCUGCAGGACCGAUUUAUCCAGGCGAACGCAGCGAAGAACGAUUUGCAUACCAAUGUCUAUGUGGCACUUGGAUACUGUAUCCGAUGGGUCGAGAUUCAGACGCAGCUCAUGAGCUGUUUGGUGACCCUGAUGGCCUCACUUUGGUUCGUGUUGGCAACUCGGGACGUUGAUGGAAACGGCAGGUCCGUGGUGGAUGCGGCAACUGCAGGACUGGCGCUGAGCUUUGCAAUGAACAUUUCUCAAUCGCUGAUCUGGUUCACGAGGACGUAUUGCGAUCUGUUCACACAUCUUAUCAGUGUCGAAAGAGUUCAGGAGCUAGCCGAGAUGAAGACGGAGGCACCACUUUGGACGGACCCAGAUUCAGAAGCUGGAUGGGCGUUGGAACAAAGUCGCUGGCCGCCACAGCGUGGAUCUAUUGCGUUUGUGGACUACUCUACUAGAUAUAGAGAGGGCCUGGAUUUAGUGCUGAAGCAUGUCUCAUUUGUGGUCGACGGUGAGGAACGCGUGGGUAUUGUCGGUAGGACAGGCGCAGGCAAGUCCAGCUUGACGUUGGCGUUGUUUAGGAUGGUGGAGGCUGCAAACAGCUACUGGGCCAGGGCUUCUGAUAACAGCGGCAGACCAAUCGAGUCGAACAGCACGACGGACGAUGCAGACAACGGACAAGAAGAAAACAUCGACGGCGGGAAGAUUGAAAUCGAUGGCAUUAACGUCUCCACCCUCGGCCUCGCGGAUCUCCGCCAGCAACUUGCCAUUAUUCCGCAGGAACCCGUCCUUUUUGCUGGUUCAAUUCGCGAGAACCUUGAUCCUUUUCAAGAACUAGAGGAUGUAGUCCUGUGGGAAGCCCUUGGGCGUGCUCAUCUCAAGGACCACAUUUCGUCGUUGCCAGGCAGGUUGUCGUUUGAGGUCUCUCAGAACGGCGAGAACUUUUCGGUUGGCCAGCGGUCGUUGAUCUGCCUUGCGCGAGCUCUUCUGCGCAAGACCAAGAUCCUUAUCUUGGAUGAGGCCACGUCUGCUGUUGAUGUCGAGACCGACGAGCUGAUCCAGAGAACCAUCCGCACAGAGUUCAAAGAUAGGACUAUCCUUACCAUUGCACAUCGUAUCAAGACCGUGAUGGAUUCAGACAAGAUCCUUGUCCUAGACCAGGGAUGUGUGGUCGAGUAUGACUCACCAAAGGCAUUAAUUCAUAGAGAGACAUCCCUGUUUCACAAGCUUGCCAAGCAGGCGGGGGAAUUGUAGACUAGAUACAUCCUAGACUAUGUAGAAAAAGAAAUAAAUAUACGUUUCGGUCAUCA